GUGAAACAGAUAAUGACAGAUGGCUACCGCCGUCGCAAGUGAAGGGACGGUGGCUAAAGAUUGAAUCUUAGUACACAAAACCCGUUCCUUUUCUCCCUCGUGGCAUUAAUUGUUGAUGAAUAUGAGAGCAUGGUUAAGCAGAGGACACUGUAAAUUAAAACGAAAUUCUAUUAGAUAGUUUUGGUUAUUGUUCCAUAGGAAACUGCAAAUAUGGCAUCAUCAGAAUCCAGUUCUCAAGAAGCGACUGUGGAAGAACUGAAAGAAGAAAUUGCUCGACUUAGCCGUGAACUGGAUCAGGCGAGUAGCGAGAACAUACAGUCUGCACAGUAUGGACUGGUUCUUUUGGAGGAAAAAAGUGCGCUUCAACAAAAGUGCGACGAACUUGAAACACUAUAUGAAAAUGCGAAACAUGAACUUGAAAUCACUCAAGAGGCACUUGCAAAAUUUCAAACAACUCAUAAAGUAACAACAAAAAGUGGCAUAGAGCAGGAAGAAUCACUUCUUUAUGAAUCAGCCGCCCGUGAAACGUCGCUAAAUUCUCAAAUACUGGAUCUGGAAAAUGAGACAAAGCAGCUCCGUCAAGAACUUGAGCGAGUCGUGAAUGAAAGAGACAGAAUAAUGCAGGAAAAUAGUAACCUGGAUAAAAAUAAAGAACUUGCAGACCUAGAAAGAAGGAAAUUGAGAGCUGAAGUGAGGGAGCUGAAGUCGCGGGAAACCAGUUUGCUGACAGAUUAUUCAGAACUCGAGGAGGAAAACAUUAGCUUGCAAAAGCAAGUUUCAAUGCUCAAAUCAUCACAGGUGGAAUUUGAAGGUGCCAAACAUGAACUCCGUAGACUGCAGGAAGACUUAGAAUUGCUUCACCAGCAAGUUGAUGAGUUAACAAAACUGAAAGAAAUUGCUGAGAAGCAAAUGGAAGAGGCUUUGCAGUCUCUACAGGCAGAACGUGAAGCGAAAUAUGCAUUGAAGAAGGAAUUGGACAAACACAUCAAUAAUGAAUCCAUGUAUAACCUGAGUAAUUUAGCAUUUAGCAUUAGAGGUAUUACCGAUGACCACACUGUUGGCAGUGAUGGGGAGGAUGAUCUUCCCGUACUGAGGCGCAUUGAGGCUGAUCUGAAGAGUGAUUCUGUUGCGGAUAUUAGUUCUCCUGAUGACAGACAAGUGGACCUCUUCAGUGAGAUUCAUCUCAAUGAACUCAAAAAGCUUGAGAAGCAACUGGAACAAGCGGAGACAGAGAAACAACAACUGACACAAAACCUAAAGGACUCACAAGCCCAUGUUGAGAAGAGAGAUGGAGAGCUCAAAGCCUUUGUAGCAAGACUUGUACAACUUGCAGCACACGUGGAUUCAUUGCAGCAUCUAAGACAGAAGGCUGAAGAUCAAUUUGGCAUCAAUGUUCAGGAUUCGGCAAUUGACAAGUUGGUACUGAUUGUUAAUCAGUAUCAGCAGUGGUUUUUAUUAGCUUCCCAUGAAAUUGAACAGUUGCGCAGUGAUUUGCAAGAGCUGGAGAAGGGUCUAAAUUGCAGUGAUGCUACACUGCAACUUAGAACAGAAGUUACGAAUCUCAAAAAUAAGUUGUUAGAUGCUGAGCAGCGAACCCAGGAACUUCAGACUGAUGUACGGCUUCUUGGUGAGUUGGCAUCUGAAGCUGGUUCCUCAUUAGACUCAGCCCAGAAUGAUCUCCAAGCAGUAUCAGAUGAGCUUGCACAACUUUAUCAUCAUGUUUGCACUGUCAAUGGAGAGACACCAAGCAGAGUGUUGCUGGACCAUGAGAAGAAAGGGGGUGCUUCAGCCAGUGGGGUUACAAAUAGUGAAGGUGACGCAAGCAAAGAAGACUAUGCUAUGUCAAAGAUAGAGGUUCUGCGUAGCCGUUUGAAAACUGAUGUCCCUCUCAAAGACCUAGAGAGCUUAAAUGAAGCAACAGGAUUGGUAAAACAUAUUGCAACCAUUUCAGAUCAGAUUAAGCAUUUGCGUUCAGCAGUUGAAAAUACUAUAGAGCUUUCAAAAAUGAAAGGAAUGCAUGGAGGCCUUUCAGAAGCAUCAACAAAUGAUUCAAAGGAAGCUGAGCUUGCAGACCUUCAGGAGCAGGUUAUUAAACUGAAAUCUCUACUCUCAACAAAACGUGAGCAGAUAGCAACUCUGAGAAGUGUACUCAAAUCUAACAAGAACACUGCAGAAGUUGCUCUCACAAAUCUCAAGUCUAAAUAUGAAACAGAAAAGGCGAUUGUUAGUGAAACAAUGAUGAAGUUAAGGAAUGAACUGCGCUUAUUGAAGGAAGAUGCAGCUACUUUCUCAAGUUUACGUGCAAUGUUUGCUGCUCGCUGCGAAGAGUAUGUAACCCAAGUGGAUGACUUACAUUCUCAGUUAGCGGCUGCAGAGGAAGAAAAGAAAACUCUAAAUCAGCUUUUACGGUUAGCUGUGCAGCAGAAACUUGCACUUACGCAACGCCUUGAGGAACUAGAGGUUGACCGUGAGAUGCGAAAUGCUCGAAGACACCUUCAUACACAUACAACUCCAGGCAUAGGUGGUGGGGGCCGAGGUGGCAGCAAACCUAGGUUUCCUCAGCCAGGGAGCAGAUCACACUCAAGUAGUGGUGGUCGAGACCAUUUCUAGCCCCGCCUCCGACAUGGCUUUGGCGGUCGUCUACGCCUUUUUACCUGUGUCCUUGCACUUGCUGGGAGCUCUUCCAUGUGGUGAACUCUACACACAUUUCAGUACAGAUUACAAACAUCGCUAUGGAUGUGGCUUUUAUGUUGGCUGUGGCAGUGUCCUCAUAUUUCCUGUAUAGUGUGAACUAGGCAUGUCAUAUGCUAACAUUGCAGUUUUAGAGCGGUACGUGUUAUCAGCAAGAAUUCUUGUGGUACUAAAUAUUAGUUAGCUGAUAAGUAUUUAACAAUUGUUUUCGUAAUUAGUUGACAGCCAACAUGUACGCUUCUUACCAUCUUCUGAAUCCAGGCGUAAUGGUUUUCCAUUAUAAAUAGGAAGAAUUAAACUCAUCAGUGAAAUUUCUGUGUGGAGUACAACAUUUGAUGAGGCAUCAGUGCAAUCUAAUUUCAUGACCAUGAGUCUGCAAAACCUAGGUAGUUGGUGUAACUGACAUCAAGUUCAUAUUGAGAAUACCAAUUUGCGUUGAAUUACCCUGGGCAGUUUUAAAAUGCCCAUAUAUGCAAACCACCAUUGGAUGGAUCUUGCAGAUAUGAUUUUGGGUAGUACAUAGUUCAAAGAAACGUGACUAUAAGGAUUUUCCUCUUAAUUUCCUGUUUUUAUGGAUGAAGUUAUUUAUGUAUUUACUUGCUGGUUGUCUUAAUCAUGGCUUCCGCUAAGCAGCUCAACUUAUUGCACAAACCACUUUGACACCGAAUGUUUCCUUAAAGCAUAAUAUUGAACUGCAGCAACUUGAAGAUAAUGUAAUUUUAUAUGAGGCAAAUUCUUUCUAGCUGUUGCAGUGAAUCUUUACCUGUCUAUCUCAUAUCCCCCCCCCCCCCCCCCCCCCCCCC